GCAAUAUUUCUCAUCAUCUCUUACCAAAAUCAAGUUCAUAACACAUAAAGAACAACUUUAAGCGCAAUAAUGAAAAUGGCUAAUUUACUUAUAGCUCUUGGUGUUUUGGCUAUGGCUUCCUCAUUUGCCAUUGCCUAUGAUCCUAGUCCUCUUCAAGACUUGUGUGUGGCGACGGAAGACUACAGCUCUGGCGUACUCGUAAAUGGAAAAUUUUGCAAGGAUCCAGAACACGUAACAGCCGACGACUUUUCCUUUUCUGGACUUAACAACGCUAGAGAAACCUCAAAACAACUUGGAAUCCGCACAAAUCUCUUAACAGUAGAAGAGAUUCCUGGCCUUAACACCAAUGGUCUCUCCAUUGUUCGUAUUGAUUAUUCACCUGGUGGUGUAAACCCACCUCACAACCAUCCUCGAGCAGCAGAGAUUAUCACUGUCUUAGAAGGAACCAUAUAUGCUGGUUUUAUCACUUCAAAUCCCGAUCACCGGCUUUUCGCCAAGAUUUUAAAGCCAGGAGAUGUUUUUGUAUCGGGCUCAUUCACCUUCCAAAUGAACAUUGGCCAAAACUCUGCAGUUGCUUAGCUGCAUUGAACAGUCAAAACCAGGUGUGGUAACAUCAGCAAUACAAUAUUUGGAGCUGUGGCCACGCAUUAAUCCUGAUCUUUUGGCAAGA